GUCAUGCAGUGUGCAUGCAUGGAUACACACAAUUGCAUACACCAACAAACAAACAAACAAACAAACAAACACACAAACAAACAAACACAAACAAACAAACAAACAUAUACAAACACAAACACAACAAACAUGUACACAAACAAACAAACACAUACAAACACACACAACAAACAAACAAACACACAUACAAACAAACACACACAAACACACACAUACACAAACAAACACACACAAACAAACACACAUACAAACAAGCACACACAAACAAACAAACAAACACACACAAACACACACAUACACAAACAAACACACACAAACAAACACACAUACAAACAAGCACACACAAACAAACAAACAAACACAUACAAACAAACACACACAAACAACAAACAUGUACACAAACAAACACACACAAACAAACAAACAAACAUACACAAACAAACAAACACACAUACAAACAAACACACACAAACAAACAAACACAUACACAAACAAACACACACAAACAAACUCACCACACAUACAUACAAACAAACAAACACAUAAACAAACCAAAACACACCACACAUACAUACAAACAAGCAAAGACAAAACAAAUGCACCACAUACAUAAACAAAACAAACAAACACACACAAACAAAUGCACCACAUAUAUAAAUAUAACAAGCAAACAAACAAACACACACAGCAAGCAAAUGCACCACACAAACAAACAAACCAUGCACACAAACAAACACACAAAUAAGUACACUGCAUACAUAAACGAAUCAAGCAAACACACACACACACACACACACACACACACACACACACACACACACACACACACACACACACACACACACACACACACACACACACACACACACACACACACACAGCUCAGCAUUGUCUCCUGCAUUCACUGCUUAGUGAGCAUAUCAACUUAACUUAAAGGGAUGCACAUACUGCAUCAUGUCUUCACUGGAAAUCGCAUUCAUUUAAUAUCAUUCGUGAAUGGUUGUGACCAAAACGUAUUGCUACCACAG